UUACUUUUGAGUUGCUUUGCCCGUAAAUGGUAGUAACCGAAAAAACGGACAAAUACAGGUUGAGAGACGACGAAACCAUGUACUGCACUUCUCUUCCCAGCUCCCACUACCCAACCCCCACCGUGCCCACCAAAUCCAACAGAAAGUGUCACACCUUCCCUAAAAUGUCACUAGACCAAACACCACCUCCAAACCCUAAAACUCUAAUAACAACCCUCACUAACCUGCUCUGGGGCCAAUCACUUCCACCGGGACUCCUGAUCUCCACUGUCCGUACAACAUGGAACUCCGCGUGGCAACUCAUGAUGUCACAACUCGCUCCCUCCGAUUCCUCUGGCAGUUACUCUAGACCCACCUCCAAAUUCCGCAUCAGUAGAAAUCCCAAUUUUCAAUCUUUUCACCUCUACGUAGGAUUACCAUGCCCGUGGGCCCACAGAACCCUGAUUGUCAGAGCUCUCAAAGGCCUUGAACAUGCAAUUCCGGUCUCUAUUGCAGCACCGGGUCAAGACGGUUCUUGGGUGUUUGACAGUGGACAAAACAUGGAUAAGGAUACCCUUGUUCCGGGUAAGGAUAGUGCUAAUGGAUGCAAGAGUUUAAAGGAGGUCUAUGGGCUAAGACAAGGAGGGUACAAUGGGCGUGCCACGGUCCCAAUGUUAUGGGAUUCAGAGAGGAAAGAGGUUUUAUGUAAUGAAAGUUAUGAUAUUAUUGAAUUUUUUAAUUCAGGUUUAAAUGGAUUAGCCAGAAACCCGGAUUUAGAUUUGGCUCCCAAGUUUUUAAAGGGAAAGAUAGAGGAGUGGAAUCAAGUGAUUUAUCCUAAUGUCAAUAAUGGUGUUUAUAGAUGUGGGUUUGCACAGAGUCAAGCAGCGUAUGAUAGAGCAGUGAAUGAUUUGUUUAGUACAUUGGAUAGAGUGGAGAAUCACUUGGGUAGUUCACGUUACUUGUGUGGAGAUACAAUUACAUUAGCAGAUGUUUGUUUGUUUACCACUUUGAUUCGGUUUGAUCUUGCUUAUAAUGUUCUGUUCAAGUGCACCAAGAAAAAGUUGCUCGAGUAUCCUAAUCUUCAUGGAUAUAUGUGUGACAUAUAUCAGAUCCCAAAGGUUGCCGAAACUUGCAAUUUUUCUGCUAUCAUGGAUGGUUACUACAAAGUACUAUUUCCGCUGAAUCCAGGCAGUAUUCGUCCAGUUAUACCUUCAGGAUGUGAGCAUGAAUUUCUUUCUGCACCUCACAACAGGGAAUCACUACUAUCCUCUGUAGAUAAAACUAUGCAGGUCUUUGUUUCGUGAGUUGGCUCCCAUUAAAACUCUGUAUAUUACCUCUGUAAGUACUAACAGUAUAUAUAAUGUGGAAGUCUUUGGCUUUCAAUA